AUGGCGGAUGCUCAGAUGAAUCGCUUUCUACAGCAGCUGCAGGCCGAAACCCAGAGGCAGAAGUUUACUGAGCAGGUCCAUACUCUGACCGGAAGAUGUUGGGACGUUUGUUUUUCGGAUUAUCGCCCGCCAAGCAAGUUUGAUGGGAAGACCCAAACUUGUGUCCAGAAUUGCGUCAACAGAAUGGUCGACGCCUCGAAUUUCAUGGUGGAGCAUUUGCAAAAGAUGGAGCAUGGAGGAGGACAC